UCGAGGAGUUGGGCUGGUUUUACUCAUUUAUUUUCGAAUUGCUACCUUUUUUAGGACGUUGUAAAUAUUCUGUGGAGUCAAGAGUAAGAGAGGACGUGGAGCCCAAACAGGAAGAGACAGGAAGACGAAGAAAAGAGAGAAUAGAGGGGGCGGGAUGACAGACUGUGUGGACUGGCUGGGAUGCACAAGGAAUCUGUGGAAUUAAGGACUUAAGUAAAGAGAUCUCAAAGAUGAAGCCCAUUAAAAAGCAAGGCAGACGUUCCCCCCCUUCCACCAGAGCCAAGGGGGCUAAAAAACGGGGUCCAGCAGAUGCCAGCCCCGAGGGAGAGAAGAGAGAGACGGAGGAGAAGCCUAAACUUUCACCCCCUUCCCCCAAGAGACAGACCUCCUCCAAUUCUGAGUCCUCGCAAGAGGAACACGUCAAAGCCAGUGGAAGCCCAGAGAGGGAGGGGCAGCGAGAAGAGCCAGCAGGGGAUUGUGGGAAGGCGGAGGAGCAUGUGGGGAAGGUGGGUGGAGGCCAGAGCGACGGCGGCAGCAGCAGCAGCAGCAGUGGUAGUAGCACAACCAGCGCCAACAGCAGCCCUAACCCUUCCUCCAGCCGCAAGACAGCCACCUUUAAAGCCCGUGUGCCCAAAAAGAAGUACACCUCCGAGCACUAUGCUGGCAACCAUGGCAACACUCCCGCGCAGAGCAACCAGAGCACACCUGCCACCACUCACACAGACACACAGACAGCUCCCAGCCCCCCUCGCUGCUCCUCUACCGAUACAGCCAGUGAGCACUCAGCCGACUUGGACCUGACGUCACCCCGACUCACGUCUGACCCAGGGCCAGUGGCAGCUCCAGCCUCAGAGCCACCCCCCAUGGACACUAGCCGCGCUUCACAGGCUUCGAGCCCCCAUGCUGGGCUAGCCGAGGCCCUGGCCAAGGGUUUGAAGAACCAGCGGGUGCUUGCACGGCAGGGACCUCAAGCCCCAGACACUGGGCAGGGUGGAGGAGUAUUCCGUGCAGGAGUGGUGCGUAGUGUGAGUGGGGAUCAGGGUACUGUGGAGGUCCAGCUUCACGGUGAGAAAACACUCCUGCGGUACCCGUUCAGAGGGGCGUCCAAAGCUGUGGACCUGGUUUUGGAUGCUGCGCCUCCGGGCCAUGCUCCAGUAGCCAUAGGGACACGCGUAUGUGUUCCAUAUAGUGAAGGAAGUGGAGAGGGAGCUGGACUGUACUACAGAGAGGGAGUGAUUACUCAGGUGGACCCCCACCCUGCUGUGUCCUUCCCCUACAGAGUCCAGCUGACAGACCGGACGGAGGAGAGGGAGGGGGGAGAAGACGAGGGGAGAGGAAGAGAGGGGGAUGAGAGGAGCACCAGUGCUCAAGCUGUAUGGGUGUCAAGACAGAGCCUUCGCCUUCUGGUGCCCCCCUGGGACCUGGAUGUACCCCUUCCUUCUGAAUCAGGGAAUGAGAGCAGAAGAGGGAGGGAGAGAGAGGGUGAAUGGGAGGAGAGAGAGGAGAUGGAGGUGGAACCGGAGCUGUGUCGGCUUAGCAUGGUACACAGCGUAAGCGUGGGUGGUCCAAUGCUGGCAAGGGGGCUUCUUCACCCUGGAACGGUGCCCACCUCAGUACCUUCCUCUUCCUCUUCUUCAGCUAUCACUUCUGUGCUGAACAUGGCACGGAGUAGAGACUGGGAGACUGGGAGAGAAUCAGAGCUGGAAAGAGAGAGAGAAAGGGAAAGAGAGAGGGAGAGAGAGAGACAGAGGGAGAGACACAAGCAACAUACACUCCCCCUGCAGACCCCUGAGGAGGACAUGGAAGUCAGCCGCUUUAGCAUGGCUUCUGCGGUGGGGGGCAAAACGAUGGGUGUUGCGGCUCAGCACCGCCCCAUUCUCUCCAAGCCAGCUGCCUCUGGCUACCUCAGUCCCCACCUGUCCGUAGUGAGAGGGAUUGGCACCCCUCUGGCCCCCCAUCUGUCCUUAGCGUCUCAUCACAACCCUUCCCAAGUACUACUGGGCCUGGAGUCACAAGCAGGUAUCAUCUCCUCCGCCCCUCCCCUGCCCCCAUUGCCCCCCUCCCGAAGCUCCCUGGACAGCAAAACCUCAACCUCCAAUUCCCACGCCACCCCAGGGUCAGGCUCGGGUUCAAGCUCCACCUCCUCGCGCUCACGCACACCCCUCACCUCUGCCCAGCAGAAGUACAAGAAGGGUGACGUGGUGUGCACUCCUACCGGCAUCCGUAAGAAAUUCAAUGGCAAGCAGUGGCGUCGGCUGUGCUCACGUGAAGGUUGCUCCAAAGAGUCCCAACGCCGUGGCUACUGCUCACGUCACCUCUCCAUGCGCACCAAGGAAAUGGAGGCAGGAGGAGGAGCAGUCGGACGGGACCGGGGUGGGGCCAGCAGCACAGGUACGCUCACACCUUCCGACUUGCGCCUGGGUGGGGGGCGUGCCAGCAGUGAGUUUGAUUGGGACGAGACUUCUCGAGAUAGCAGCGAAACAAGCAGUCGGGGUGGGGAUUCACGCCCGCGCCUUGUCCUGCCUUCACUCUUGCCACAGGAGCUGUCUCGUGACCUGUCCCGUUUCGACUUUGAUGAGUGUGAGGCUGCUAACAUGCUAGUCUCUUUGGGCAGCUCUCGCUCAGGCACGCCGUCUUUUUCUCCUGUAUCCAAUCAGUCGCCAUUCUCCCCAGCUCCAUCCCCCUCGCCCUCUCCUCUUUUCGGCUUCCGGCCGGCUAACUUCAGCCCCAUCACUGCACCUGCGUCACUCACCCCACGCCGCCCGCGCCACUUGAGUGGUACCAAGAUGGGCACACCAGGCUCAGAGCGUGAGCGUCACCUUCCAGGCAUCAUGCCCACCUUCCAGACGAGCUUGACCUUCACCGUGCCCAUGAGUCCCAGCAAGCGUAAGCUGGAUCCUCCACCUCCACUGCCCAGCUCCCAGGAAUACACCAAGCCAGAGGCCCAGCUGAGUGAUGUCGGACUGGGACUCAACACAGCCGCAUUCAGAGUGCUGUCUCCCCAGAGCCAGCCCACCACGCCCUCCGGCCUGUCCUUCCCUCGCCCACGCAGUGCUACUAGCCGCCCCUCCUCUUCUGCAGCCUCCACACCUCCACCCAUGCUGGUGUCCCCCACCCCUCCAUCACCCCUGCCGCAGGAUCCCAGCUCCCGCCGCAUCGUACCCUUGCGUGACUCUCCCGUAAUAGUACGUAACCCAGACGUGCCACUGACCAAGUUCACCGAGAGUCCUUUAGGUAGGCGGGGAAUGGGACGGCCCCAUGAGCACAAUCAACCUGCCCACUUGGCCACAGGGCUUCAGGCUCCUGUGCCUAUCAAUGGUGCAGCCACCAAUGGAGCUGUCCUGCUUCGCAACCCGGCCUCCCCUCUGGUCUUGGCAUCCUCUGCCCAAUCAUUAACACCGGUGGCUGCUGGAUGCCCCACCCAGUCCAGCACUGCCCCAUCCACUGUGUCCGCCUCCAGCAUGACCUCUGGACCCGCCUUGGCAAGUUCUGGUUCCGGAGGGCGCGAGAGAGAAAGGAAGCCAGGUGGACAUGGGGACGUAAUGGGAGGGGCCCUGCCUCAACCUGUGGCCUGUCAUCCCUCCCCCACUGCCCUGCUGCCACUCAUCCUACCCGCAGAGUCGCCGCAUCCAGCCCCACGCAAGGACAUCAUCAUGGGCCGCCCAGGAACAGUCUGGACCAAUGUGGAGCCUCGCUCAGUGCCAGUGUAUCCAUGGCAUUCAUUGGUUCCUUUCCUGGAGCCCAGCCAAUCAAAUACAUCCACCCAGCCCACUGACGGCCAACCACAGGUCAAUCAGAGCAAAGAGCCUCGUUGUGGCAUUGCUCUCUUGAGUGAAGAGCGGGUUGGCCAAUCAGGUUCAGAGAGAGGCUCACCAUCCCGCCCCCCACCCACAGCAGAAGACCCGCCUGUGGAAAGAGAGGGCGGAGACAGCGAGACCGAAAGUGAUGCUGAUGAUCUGUUUUUUCCAGGCGUUGCCCAAGACUCUGCUUCAGCCAUGGGCACUGUGAAGAGACGCACCCAGUCUCUCAGUGCCCUCCCAAAGGAAGGAGACAAGAAGAGGGAGAAGGACCACAUUCGGAGGCCAAUGAACGCGUUUAUGAUCUUCAGUAAACGCCACCGUGCCCUGGUGCACCAGCGCCACCCAAACCAGGACAACCGCACGGUCAGUAAGAUACUGGGAGAAUGGUGGUAUGCACUGGGAGCCAAAGAGAAGCAGAAAUACCACGAUCUUGCCUUCCAGGUGAAGGAGGCUCACUUCAGGGCACAUCCUGACUGGAAAUGGUGUAAUAAGGACCGGAGAAAAUCUCUGUCUGAGGGCCGCGGGACACCAGGGGCCAAGGAGGCUCGGGAGCGGAGCGUCUCAGAGAGCACAGAGACUCAGUCUGCCUCUCAAGGGCCAGAACACAAAGGGGCGGGGUCAAGCUGGGCAUCGCCCGGGUCUGAACGUCGUCCAGGGCCAACAGGAGGUCAGCACCCACGGCCUCGUGCUUUUUCCCAGAGUGCAGUGCACAGUCUGGAAAGGAGAGAGAGAGAUAAGGAUUUAGAGAAGGAUGCGACAGGGUCAUUUCAGGGUGGCCCACUCUCUCUCCCCCGUUCACAGCGUGGGGCGAGCGAGGACGUGACCAGUGAUGAAGAACGCAUGGUCAUCUGUGAGGAAGAGGGGGACGAUGAUGUCAUGGAGGACUCCUUCCCGGAGGGCUCCAUAGAUCUGAAGUGUGAAGAGAGAGUGACGGACAGUGGUGAGGAGAUCGCCUCCGCCGAUGAAGCUGAUGGACAGCGCUCCAUUCAAGCAGCUGUGCCGCCAUCUCACUCUCCUUCUUCCUCAGCCGAGCCCUCAGGGGCAGGGGUCGCAGGGGAGAACGCCGAGAAGAAGAGAAAGCGAGGGAUGGAGGGAGGAGAAGAACCUAAAGAGGGGAAAGGAGGUGGGAGCGGAGGUGUGAGUGGAGGAGGGCAGGCCCCCUCUCAGUCACCCUCGUCCGCCGUUGUUGGCAGCGUCGCCCCUGUCUCCUCUCUGUCUUUUGGAUCGUCUCAUGUGCAGGGGGCGGGGCCUGGACGUACCGCCACUACCAUGGUAACCAAUGUGGUACGACCUGUGGCCAGCACUCCUGUGCCCAUUGCCAGCAAGCCUGCAGACGGCAGUGCCAACCUCAGUGACAUGAAGCCCAAGCUUCUGAUUGGAUCAGGCGGAGGAGGAGGAGGAGCAGGAGGUGGGCCCAUCACGGGGGGUGGGUAUUUGCCCUCAUCCUCUCCCAAACCCAUCGGGGGCGUGAGCCAAGGAGGCCUCGUCACUGGUCUUGUCCUGGGAGGGGCGUUCCCAUCUCAACCCACUGUACAGCUCAUAACCCCGCCCCAAACUGUUUCCUGCCCCGCCCCUAGCAACGGCACACACAACAACAACGCCGUCCCACUCCCCCUGCUUCAGCCCCAGUUCCUCCCUGCAGCCUCUCUCACACCCCCCAGUGGUGGCAAGUCUGUCACUCAGGUGCAGUAUAUCCUGCCCACCUUGCCUGCCACCGCCCACCCCGGCAGUCCCUCCUCCCAGCAGACCCAGCAGCCAACCAGUGUCCUUGCCCUGCCCACUGCCCCUCCCACCCACGUGUCCCUGACGAAUGGGGUACAUUCAGGGGCAGGGCCAGGGCUAAGAUAUGCAUCAGUACCAGCAGUGGGAGGGGUCAGCCCUGGAGGAAGAGUUCAGGCACAGUCGCCUGUCUUGCCGAGCAAGAUGUUGGUUCCUAUGGCAACUGUGAGGACAGCAUCGACACCUCCGCAACCUAUUUCCCUGGUGGCCCCACCCCUUCCUGUGCAAAAUGGUGCACAGCCAGGAAGUAAGAUUAUUCAAAUCGCACCAGUGCCUGUUGUCCAAACCAACGUCCACCCAGGGGCAACGGUACACCCUGGGAACUCUUUCCCCGUUUCCAUGGCAACAGCGACCAUGAUGGCUUCAGGCUCCACCCCUCCACAGACAGUGCUCUUCACCCCGCCCCCAACAAGGAUCACGUAUGUUCAGUCCACCCCUGGAGUUGCUGCACCUUUACCACUGGUCUCCACGUCAACAGUCUCCUCCCCCCAGCAGGCCCCACCUCCCUCUGGCCCAACAUUCUUGCCGUCUCCCGUGGCAACCCUGGGCUUCACUGCCAUUGCUCCUGCUGGUCAGACUCUGAUGCAACCAAUUGUAACAGGUCAGCCAUCUCUCCUGGCUUCAGCUCAGCCCUCUAGCUGUCCGCCAGCCUCAGGAGCCACACGCCAACUGCUGACUGCCAUUUACCCCGCCCCAAGCGUCACCUUGCCGACCAGUGUUGUUUCCAUGGCGACUGUGCCUGCGAGCACAGCGCAGGCCUCAUCUGGGCCCAACUCCCCCUCGUCCGCGGAGCCGCAGUCCCACGCUGCCUCUGAUGGCCAGACGCAAACCGGCGCAGCUGUAGAGAUGGAGAAACAGAACGUGGGUGAGGACAACACAGAGACUGAGGCACAGGCAGACCUGUCGAUGCUGAGUGGCACCCACAAGCCAAACACAGAAGCUGCAGCACCCUCUGGUGUUGCGUCAGAAACAGCGCUGCCUCCCAGCCCAAUGCAGCCAACACAUGCAGGAAGUGGACCUGGCUCCCCCAAACUGCCCACUGGACCCCCAAAAGUCAAAGGUCAACUAGAGAGUACUCCACCAGGCUUGCAUUCAGGAUGGAAAGAUUUGACUUUGGGUGGAGGGAGAGAGAGAGAGAUGGAGACAGAGAGUGAAAAAGAAGAGAGCUGUGGAUCUUCACGGAGGGAGAGAACACCGGACGGAUUCAUCAAGGGCCAAAACUCUGAAAACAACAACAACAAAGAGGAGCAGAGCAGAGAGGCUGGACGGAGGGAUACUCCGUCGGGGUUGGACCCACCGCCUCCUCCCCCUCAGACUGAGAGAGACUCAUCCACAGCCAAAAAGACAAAGGCACGUCCCCCACCCCUCAAGAGGACCUUUGACUCUGCGGACAAGGUGCUGACGGGCUCAUACUUUGAGGAGCGUUUAGCAGAACUGCCGGAGUUUAAACCAGAAGAUGUGCUCCCCUCACCCAACCUACAGAGUCUGGCCACCUCCCCCAGAGCCAUCCUGGAGAGCUACCGCAAGAAGAGGAGGAACUCCACUGAUCUGGACUCUGCAGAUGAUCCCAGCUCUCCAAGGAGAAAGAGCCGCCGUCUGUCCAGCUGCAGCUCUGAACCCAACACACCCAAAAGUGCUGCCAAAUGUGAGGGGGACAUCUUCACCUUCGACAGAGCUGGUGGAGAGGCAGAUGAUAUUCUGGGUGAGCUGGAUCGAGUGCCGUACUCGUCCCUGCGCCGCACACUGGACCAACGCAGAGCUUUGGUCAUGCAGCUCUUCCAAGAGCAUGGCUUCUUCCCCUCUGCUCAGGCCACUGCAGCCUUCCAGGCACGGUAUUCAGACACCUUCCCCACUAAAGUGUGCUUGCAGCUGAAGAUUCGAGAGGUGCGUCAGAAGAUCAUGCAGACGGCCACGCCCGGAAGCUCUGACAUCAUGGGGUCAGGAGGGAUCACUGGUGGCACAGACUCUGCCUCUGCCACAGGGCCAUCCAGUUCAGCGCCCAGGGAGGCAGGGCGGGCAGAGUCAGAGGAGAGAGGGCGGAGCUUAGAGGAGGCCAAGAGUACAGGAAGCGAAACGCAGGACUCUAGAUGAAGAACCACAGAAAAGAAAGAAAAAGUGAAAUGAAAGUAAGAAAGACGGAUGAUGGACAGAUGGAUGGAUGGAUGGACGGACGGACAGAUUGAAGACAUAAAAUGUAAAAUGUACCAUUUGAAAACAUAGCGUUCUUUGCUUAUGUUUUGUUUUAGUUUGUUUUUUUGGGAUGGAUUAUACAGAUUCAUUUCCAUUUGGGUUCACUUUUUGUCCAGUUUGUAGACACUGUCAUCCUGUGGAACAGUCAUGAUUACUUAAACACACACACACACACAAAACACAGGCACUCAACAUACACACACACACAUACACACACAAACACUGCUCAUUUUAGACACUCUGUGGAACACACACACACACACACACACAACCACACACUCACAUAUUAUGCAAGUACACAUAGAAACACUGUCACUCUUGUAAUAAUCGGCACAAGAACUUUUUUUUUCUUUUUCUUUGUCUAAAGAAAGCUAGAUGUGGCACACAUUUGCUUGUAUAUCUGUCAAUACGGGGCUGUUAUUGGCUGUGUGCUGAGCUGCGGCCGGACUUCCUUCCUGUUUCUCAGUGCCCUGCAACGCUGCAUCACCAGCAGCAACAGACCAAGCCAUCCUGCACACGUCAGUCUGACAAGCCCCCUGUCCAGUCAGGGCCUCUGCUUAAGGGACUGAGGGUUUUUCAUUGGACGGACUGAAGUGAGACUGGACGAUAGGCGGGACUUGGCAUGAGAUUAAAGCACUUUCAUUAUGAGUUGGAGACCGAAAGCAAUAGCUGGAGAGGAGAGGUUUUUUUCGAUUGAAUGUGAUUUUUGACCCCAGACUGAGGGGUGUUCACAAAACGGCUGUUACUGCUCACAUUUGUGGGCUGAACACAAAACAGAACAUUUUUAUGUUUUCUUUUUUCCAAAACAAACAAACAAAAAAAGCAACAAAAAUUCAAUAUAUUCACGAAGAACUGUAAUUUAGUGCCGAGUAGAGACUGAGACUACUACAGCGCCCCGCCAAAACCCACAAUAUCAGUACUUCAAGACAACGGCAAUGCCGCCACACACCGAGACUCACCAGAGGAGAGGAGAGGAUAGGAGUAUCCGCUCCAAAUGGAGCAUUAGUCUCCUUGUCUGUCCCUGAUCCAAACCUCCCCCAAAACAGAAAAAAAAUUGAAAGGAAGGAAAAAAAACAAGCCCUUUUUAAAUGAACAGUGCUUUGUCGUUUGUUGUCGUGUUGUCAUCGGUGGAAUUGACUGAUUUGUGUUAGCCUGCUCCUGUCUCUCUCUCUAUCUAUCUAUCUAUCUAUCUAUCUAUCUAUCUAUCUAUCUAUCUGUCUGUCUAUCUAUCUCACUCUCUCUCAAUCUCACUCUCUUCUCCUGGUUCAGAUGGACUAACACACCUCACCAAGGGAGAGACGGAUCGUCUCUUUCUUUUCUCGCCUCUAUACGGGGGCGUCCCUCUCUUUCCUCUCAGCCUUUUUCUCCCAUUGUGUUAAAUUGGGGGAAGGCAAGGGGAAGUGUUUUUCUUUCUUUCUUUUUUUUUAAACAACCUUUCAAUCAGGUGUUUGCACAAUGCGGGGGUCUUCUGCCGCGCUUUAAAUCAGGAAAGUAUUGUUUUUAGAGAUAUUUAAUCAAACCAACUUUUUUUUCUACUUCAUUUUUUCCUUUUGCCUCUUUCUUUCCUUUUUCUCUUUCCCCAUACUUAAGCUUUUUACCUGAAGUAUUGAUGGAAAGUGCCCCUAACCUCUGGCCCUGGGUCAGAUUAAGCUCCGUAGUCUGAAUUGCUUUGAAUUAGGAUUACGCAAGGGAAUGCUAGUCUGAGGUCAGUGGGCCGGGGCUUCUCUCAGGAUCUCUUUCCUUCUUCUGCCACUUUACGACUUUCAUUGGUGCAAUAGGACAAUGGGGGGCGUUGACUUUAGAUGAGUGACAGGUUUGUGCCAUAGAUAUUCAUUGUACAGGCAAACAAGCCGUCAUAAUAUUAUAUAUAUUGGGAAAAAAGAGAAGAAUUCUAAUAACAUAUAUAACUGAGUGAUACGGAAGUAAUCCAACAGAACAAAACUAAAAAUCAAAAAAUAUUAAUAUAGCACUUUUUGCGUCUUGUUUCGCUAUGAGAGAAGGAGUAAUUAAUAUACCAAUAUUUCUCAGUCUUCACUUGAAUGUGUGAAAGUAUAAAUAUACCUAUAUAUUUCUAUAUGUCUGUAAUAUUCAGGUGUCUGUGUGUGUGCGUGUGAGCGUAAAAGUUGAUAUAUGCACCCACACAAAAUUGAUUCUUUCUCCAGCAGUCGCUUAUCUCUCUUUCUUUAUUUCCCAUACCGCUAUCGGACUGUUACGAUAUGACGACUUUGUAAAGAAAGGAUGAGACUGUCAGAAACAUUUGAACAUAAUAUUGAAUAUCAGUUCAGUGAAUGUUGGCGUUUCAGCUACUCAUGCGAACAUAUAUUCAAGACUGAUUUUGUGAAAUUUGGAACUUGAGUCAAUAACGUUCUCCACCAGUCAAACGCUUGCACACACACAUGCAUACCUGCACAUGUAUGCGUGUACACCUUUUGAUUGUGUAUCCAAUAAACUGUCCUUACUUUGGAGAAGGAAUUUUAGAAUGAGAGAAAAGAGUUUAGCUCCUUAACAGGCAUGUUGACCAUGUGCAAUAUUUCUAAACAAAAGAAUAUUGAA